UAAUAUGAUUACAUUUUCAAUCUUUUGUGGUUAAACUGCUCAGUCGGGAGCUACGUAAGCAGCAACUAGAAACCAUUCAUAAUUAAUGAUGGGUUGCUCUGUUUUUUUUUUAUUUUUUAAAAAAUUUUAAUACCUACUUAUUGGUAGGUAUAGUCGAGUCGAAAUUCUAGAAUUUUGUUGCUGGUUGUCGAGUGGUUGCUCAUGUUUGUGUGGACGUGAAGCUGGUAUGCGUCCCUGUUUUUUAAACACUAGAAAAGCUAUAUUGUCGAAAUUUUAUUACCCAUAUUGUAAACCUAACCUACAUCUGUAUUGUGUCUUCGGUAAUUCCAAGAAUGGACGUUGACGACGUUCCAAUAUACUCGUAUUCGAAUACCUGCAUUGUAUACAAUAGCGCGUUCUUCAACAAAACACGCGAGUGCGCGUGCAAGUGGGGGGUGGAGUUCAUCCGGGUCAACUUAUUUUGUCUUUUUAUCUAUUUUUGUUCGUUGAGGGUGUUUUUUUCUACCAUUGUGGAAGGGAAGGAGAUCUUCUAGCUGAAGAACAUUUGCCAAGACGCCAAGAGUACCUACAAUCUACAUAUAGCUACAUUAUUUGGUGUGUUAACGUUGUGUUGUGUUCAAGUGACAAGUGCCUUAUUAAUACUGAUUUCAUCAUCAAAGUCAAUAAAACGAAGUAUUAUUUUCACGAUGUCAAAGAAAUUGGUCGAAUUGGGGGAGUACGUCUUAUUGAAGGAAUCGCCCUGCGAAGAAAACGAUUUCCAAUCACCUUCAACCACUGUUCAUAAGUCCUGGAUUGAUCCUAAAGAAAACUCGUUCUAUUGGCCCCCUGGAUCUACUGUUGUAAUAUCGAAUUUGAUGGCAAACCACACACCGCCAGAACCAGGUUGGGCAAAGAUCCCCUAUUCCAAAAUUUUAUUCCACAAUGAUCGCCUUGGUACAGUAAAAAAGCAAUACGCAGAUCGUGUUGGAGGUCUUGUUGAAUCGGAUGGGAGCUCUGAUCCGCAAAAAGAUCAACCAGAGAAAAAGGAGAACAGUAGUCAUUCAAGGAAGAGAAAAUCACCAUUCAAAAAUUCAUUGCCAAGCAGCAGAGGAAAACUGAUGACCGCAAACUGCCUUCUACCUCCCAAGUUAUCCGCAAAAAAGAUGACCAAAUUAUCCAAAUCUACAGCUUCAAAAAAUGGUACAUUUAUCAGUUCAAAGAAGAAUAGGCCUACUGUGCAGUCAGCGACACGGAAUUUAAUGAAUUUACUUGAUGAUACGCCUACUCAGGCUACGAGUACUUCAGAGCCUCAAACACGGAAUUCAGUGCACGAUUUAUAUGAUGAUACGCAUAUGCAGGGUACCACUUCAGAGUCUCAAAAGCAGAAUUCGAUGCACGGUGUACUCAAUGAUACGCCUAUUCGGAGUAGUACUCGUAUUUCAGAAUAUCUAAAUGAUGAAAAAUCAGUAACCAAGGCAAUUAGGGAUGCAAGACAUGCACUCCAUGGCACACCUUUCCAACCAGAAGAUUUCUUAAUUACUGGACCACAGUAUGAAAACCAUUCUUUGGAUCGAACACCAAAUUAUCAAUCUGAGAAUGGCUAUGCAAAUGACUACAACGAGGAGCAAGGCUUUCAUGCACUUGAAAAUUCAAUCGAGAAUCUGGACAAACAGAACAAUUCAAAUAUAGUACCAAAGGACGUUGAUGCCACUCCUGAAACUGUGCAGCCGCAUAAGGAUGAUAGUGAACAAAAAUUAAAAAGAAUAUGCAAUAACCCGAUAUCCGCAAUUCAAAAUAAGUUGAAAGUCGGAGAAGAUCCCUCCCCAACAGAUAUAGGACUGGCCCUUGUUGGUAUCCAUAGGCAGAACGUGCGAACUCAAGUACUGUUGGCAAAUCUUAUAAAAAUAGUAAACUCAUCAUCAGAUAACCAACAGCCCACCAUAGUUCAACCGGACUAUGGAAAACAAUUUCCUUUCACCACUCUGCAAGAUUUUGAAGCGUUUAACUCUUUACUGUCGGAUUCUGCUGAGAAGAAAAAAUUUAGCGCCUAUGUGACAGCCAUGUUUUCCAACUUGAAUAAAAAUAAUGCCCAAUCGACUGUAUACGAUACGACAAAGGCACUGUUCAAUGAUUUUAUUUUCGAACAUCAUCAAUGGUCUUCAAGGAAGUCCAAAAAUGAAGAACUUCUAAACAACAGAUUAUUAGUCUUCAAAACCACAACAUUUGCUGAAUGUUUCUUUGAUUCCAUCAAGACUUUCUUUCCAGAACCUGUGUAUCCCAUAAUACAAGUUGUGAAUUCCAUAACGAACAAUGCCCAAAAAGACAAUGUGUAUGUCACUAAAAAAAACUACCAUGGGGAGAUGAUGUACAAGGCAUGGAAAAGCCGCGAUCAGGUCAGGAGAAGAUAUCAUGGAAAGAAAGUAUAACAACCAAUGCGAGUUUGAGACGUGGUGAAGCCUCCACUGGAUUCUUAAAUAUUUGUACCUUAGUUUUGGACAUUAGGUACAGUUUCUUCAAAAUGUACUAAUAUACAGUAAAUGUUAAGUUGGAGUGAAUAUUUUGAACCUACCUCACCCUAUGCCAUCAAAUUCCAUUAUCUGAGGUAUUUUUGUGACUUUUCCCUGUAUUUAUACAUAUGUUAUAGUGUAAGUAUUAUACAAUUAUAUGAUCACCAGUGGCGUGCACACGAGGGAAAGAGGUCGCGCGACUUAUUUGUGCGAUAGGUGGUACUGGUUGGAGGUGUCCAAAAUAAAAACGAUUGAAAAAUAAAAUCGGACGUGGGUGAUGUGGGACCCAGACUCAAAUCCAAACAAAAGACUUGAUAAAAAUUUCCAUUUCAGAAACCAACGGUAUUGUUCCAUGGGUACCUCUUGCAUACCUUUUCAUUCUCCUUCGUAAAUCAUAAAUUUUCAAAAACUUUUGCCCUCGCUUUGCUCGAGCUACGAGUAAGUAUUUCCCCCAUGAAUUACAUACUCAUUAAAAGUUGCAUCAAAAAACAUUUUUUCAAACAAUUAAAAAUAUGAAGAAUACCUUCAAACUAAACAUUACUCAGAAAAAUGCUAACAAAAUCAACCUCCUGUAUUAAAAAUGUUUCAUUUCUGCAAUUAUGAAUUCUCGAAUUUUGCUUGUCUAUUCCAAUACUGAAACGUUUAGAAAAAUUAUUUUUUUGAAAAAACAAAUGCCCAAAACUGGCAAAAUAACCUCAACGUAGUUUUAUUACUUCAAUUAUAAAUUUUCCAAAUCUUUUCCCCUCGUUUUGCACGUGUUAAUUGAUCUUUCUUAUAUUCUAUGUAAAACUGAGAUUCAUGAAAUUGGUGGCAAAUUUUGAAAAUGAUGAAACAAGAAAUAUCAAAUUUUGAAACUUAGAAUUAUGUUUGAUUGUUUGAAUUCCAAUUUUUCAAAAAAUUUAGCCUCGCUAUUCUCGAGUCAAUUGACUUUUCUAGUAUGUACAUAUUUAAAAAUUGAAAUGAUUGAAGCUGGUGGUAAAUUUUGAAAAUGCUAAAAUUAGAAAAAUCAAAUUUUAUAUAAUGUCGUUUGAGUUUUGUAUAAUCAAACUUUUCUCGAUCCUUAUCAUGCUAUAUUUUGUCUCUUCAAUUAUAGAUUUUUGAAACUUUUUGUACUCGCUCCACUGGGGCCUUUCUUUCCAAAAUGAAAUCGCUAAAAUGGAUACGAUACUGCUGUUCAAAAUUUCAAGUCUUGAAAAAUUUGUGCACGCCACCGAUGAUCACCCUUCUCAUCAUGGGCCAAUACUGAUAUUGUCUACAUAGGUACCUAUCUACGUAUGUACUUGAGCAUUAUAGUGGGCAAUAUGCGCCUGUGUAUCUUUUCUUGUUUCAAUAGUUUUUUUGUUUUGUCAUAAUGGAAUUCGAACAUUCUAAAUAUUUUUUUUAUUAAAUUUCUCAACUUAUAAUUUUUAUCAUUUCAUUUGUUGUUUACCUGUAUAAAUAUUUUUGGUAAUAUAUUAAUGUUCACGUACCUAUA